AUGGCCGACGAAGCAAUGAAUGAAAUUCCUGAAGCUUUAGAGGAUACCUUUCCUGAUCCUCUUCCCCCUUUUGAUGACUUCUGGCCCUUGAGGCACCGGACGCUCAACUAUCGACCGUUGCCGCAAAACCCUUUGGGUUCUGGCCCCCCUCUUACUUUAAAGGAGUGGAGGCUCGGCAAACCUCUUCAGGAUGGCUUCUUUGCAGACUACUUCAAGCAACCAUGCCAUUUCACCCGGCCACCCAUCGAUACGUCCGAUCGCCUAGACUCUGUGUUACGAGAUGUAGACACGCAGAUUCUUGCUCGUGUUCUGGAACCCCUUAUUAGACAGAUAAAAUCUAUGGACCAAAACAUGGACCAGAUGAGGGGAGUCUGGAAGAAGGUUCAGCUGCUUCAUGCACAAUGCGACGUUUUGUGGCGCAACUUGGAGAUAUGUCCUGGUGUUGUUGUCAAGACUGAUCAAACUGUUGUCCCAGCUAGGUCAGGCGUACUUCUUCAACAACGUGAAUGGGAUUCCAUUCUCACCACGAUUGCUUGCGCAUAUCGGCUCAUGACCUUCUUCCCAGCUCGAUUCACAGAAUAUCCUGCAGACGUCAACAACACUAUUUGGGGACACAGCCGAAACAACUGGCAAGCGGCGUUCUGCGUCAUUGUGUUUUUUGGAGAGAGACGACGAGCACAACAAUUACCCUUGGCACGCAAUUUCUUGCCAUUGAGAGCAGCACAAUGGUUCGGUUAUGAUUCAGACCCUGAGGUUGAGUUUGUACGCCUGUACGCACGCCGGGUUGUUGAUGAUAAGCGUUUCGAGCUAUCGAAUGUGUGCCCAAGUGUUACCCGGUACUCUGGCAUAGACUUGGGCGAGAUGGCCGAAUUACACGAUAUCAAUCGGGUGCUUGGAUUUGUUCCAGCUAGCAAUUCAUCAAGUCAAGCCAUCUCAUGGCGUAUUUGUGAGCGAAUCUCAGAAAUCCUCCAGAUGUUUGGUCCCAGCAUCGAUAUCGAGGAAGAUAUCCAAAAACGACCAAACAAAUUCCUAUUUCGCCCUCUGCAAGAAAAUCAUGCAGCGUUCAUGAAAAGGCUCUUUUUCAGCGCCGGGAUUCAAUAUAAUCAAUACUUGGCAGCUGAAAUCUGCGGAUUAGGUCAUAUUCAUCAAUUGAACGCCACCACAGAUAAUGUCGACAAUAUGCAGGAUGCCGAUUCGGCAUCUAAAGCGAUGCAAGGAACACUUCAGGCGAUGGCGAAUCAACUGUUGACAGUCACCAAUAUGCAGUAUCUAUCGGAGACUCAUGCUGGAAACUCAACCCCACAAGUUCAUGUUCGGACAGUUGAGAUGGGAUUACACGAAGGCAACACGCCUACUGCCAUGUACAACUUCAUCAUGGAGCACAUGUAUGGUCAGAUGCCCAAGACACAAGACGCAGCACCGUUGCAUGCGAACCGAGGCCGUAUUGGAAAGCCGCCGCCUACUCGCCUUAGCAUUGAAGCAGAGAAUAUCCUUGCCUUGGCGUCCACACAUGUCGAUUUUACUAUCUUGUCCAAGGCCAAUGUGCGAAAUAUCCAGCUCAUUGCAGAGUUUGAUGAGGAGCUGUCUGGAAUGGCCGGGAGAAAUGCGGCCCUGCGACACGAUCGUAGUGGCGGCCUUCAGUGGUAUUUCUAUCACACUCGCCCAGACAGCACAUUUACCGUGCCGCUGGAAGGUUACGAGAUGAUGUCGAGCAUCUGCUUUGGGUCCCCCAAGAUGGCUUACGUCGCUGGGAAAGCAAUGCAGCUGAAGCAGAAGAAGAAACGGCUUCUUCUUUACUGCAGUCAUACUUUGACACAAGCUGUUGUGUGUGCAUUACUUAUUCAUGUAGGGGUCAAAACACUGCAAAUUCGCAGACAGCACAAUCGAGCCGAGAGGAGUAAAGCGUUGGCGCUCUUCGCGGACCCAACAUCCAAUGUAGAGUGUUUGGUUACAUUCAUGGCAUGGGACACCAUUGGAUUCGAUUGUUAUGCCUGCUGUUCAUACGGUAUUGUCUUGGAGCUACCGGAAAAUGAAACUGCAUUUUUUGAAGCCAUUCGCCGUUCGGGCUCCGCAGGCGAAUUCUUUUGGGAUAUUCUCAUCUGCAGAGGAACCUUUGACUCUUACCAAGAGACUUACCUAAUGGCCGAUCGCGCCGAAUUUUUGGUAGCUGAAGCUCGAAUCCCAAGCGAGAUCCAGGGGCAGCUUCGGACCAUCUGCGCCUAUGAAGUUUUAAGGGUUUGUCUAGGGCAGCGGGUAAAUCUCUAUCCGCGAAACGGAGCUGAAUGGGAGCUCUUUGACGACAAGACCUUCAUCAAGGAGGGAGAGUUUUAUUCCGCCUUGGCGCAACUAGUGUUGAAAGAACCGCAUUUGGGUCGUCAUUAUAAGAAAAAAAACUUGCCGAGGAUCGGUGCCUCGUGGAAGCCCGGCAUGGAGUUGACGGCGGAUCACAUCCGUGGCAGAAUGCCGACUCUGCCGGAUGGAGUUACUCUGCGUAGUUGUGGAAAACCAUGA